UGCUGCUCACUUGACUGUGUUGGGCCAUUUGGAAGAGGCCUCAAAACGGACAGCAGAUCGGAGGAGAGCGGCGUGGCGGGGCACCGAAGGAUUUGAUUGUCCCCAUGAGGACUGAUGACAGACGGCCCCGAGGAGUCAAGACAGAGAUGUGCCAUCUUUCCUCCUCCUCCUCCUCCUCCUCCUCCUCCUCCACCUCCUCCACCUCCUCUGUUUAGAGUUAACAGUUGGAUUGUGUACUUUAACACCCCUGGAGACUCAAUUCCCUUUCAGAAACGAUCGCGAUGUGCCGUGACUUCAAACUAUGACCAAGUUGCAACAGGAUCCGGGCAGUACAGGCAAGUUUCCAAGAGUCACCGGCCGCUGGGCUGCUCAAUUAGGCAAACAUGAAGAACUCGGGACUGUAGCGGCGCGUAAAGACGGGGACUCGCCCGGCUCGUCUGAUCCGCAGGUAGAAGGUUAUAACCGGGGGCAAACGCUCUGGGCUGACCUGUGCCAUGAAGACCCAGAAAUCCAGAGGUGUCACAACAACUUCAACUUCCAGCCGAGGAAAGUCUCGCUUCACCCUGAGAGGCAGAAAAAAGAAUGAUGGGGUGAUCCAAGGCAAGCUUCGCAUCCGCUCCAUGCCUGGAGCAUUCCUAGUGCUUGGGGUCGUUGUGGUGGUUAUCGGCACUGCUCUUGCUGUGGCGGGAUACUGGCCCUACAGGAUAUCGAGGUCGUCCAUCCUUGGAGCUGCGGAGGGGGAAAUUAUCUCGGAGUCGCAGACGUCUGGCUGGACUCUGGGAGCUAAGGGCCUCCUCUCUACAGCCAGCUUCAUCCACAGUGAGCGGAUGAAGCUGCUGGGACCUGUCAUCAUGGGCGUGGGACUCUUCAUCCUCAUAUGUGCCAAUACAGUCCUGUAUGAGAACAGGGACAGAGAGACUCAGAUGUUGCUGGCUCAGAUGCACAAUGUUAUCUGCUCUGUGUCUGCAGCUGUGCCCUCAGCGGACCUUAAAGAAAUAGUAGCAGCCAACUCAAUGGCCAAACACUACCAGUGGUUAAGCAGCUUACCAGCUGCCCAUCUCAACAUCCUCCAUUUGCAGCCAAUGGCUUGCUCUGAGCCCUUGCUCCAGACCAGAUCCUCCAGAGACCUGGAGGACAGCAUCGAGGGCACCUACCAGCAAGCCACUCUUCAGACAGAAGCCCUCCACCACCAGGAGUCAGAGCCUCCACCUUCCAUCCACUCCUCCGACUCCAAUUCAUGUAAUUCUAGUCAAACAGACUUGAACACACAGUCUGGUGGUGAGCAAGGGGACAGUGCCAGCUUUAGUCCGCAGCACAUCCCAUUUGUAAAGCUCAGCAACUGCCUGGUGUCCGCCAGCUCCAUGUCCACCCUGGGGGUGGACGAGACGGACAUCCCAGCACCCCGGCCUAAGCGCUGCAACAGCAUGAGCUGCAGGACUAACUCUUAUAUAGCCCGAACUGGUGUGCACCCAGAGGAAGGAUCCCGCACACCUGGAGACAAGGGUCAAACUGAUUGGCCGGUAAUGACUAGGAGAGAGGCUUCUUCACAGGUUUGUGUGGACAUCUCUGGGCAGCUUGCGGACAGUGUGGAAGAGCCAACACACCGAAGUUGGCCUCGGCUAGACCUGAGCAGCGGGAGACGAUACCUGAGACUAGAGAACAAAGAAGACUCAGUGGACAUACUGUUGGACCAGUUAGAGCAGCAGUGUUCACAGUGGGAAAAGAGUUUUGGCUCUUGGCCUUUCCAGUGAUGGCUACUUUUACUUCACAGUCUUGAGGGCACUUCAGGAUACGAACACCAUGAAAACCAAGAAGUAGAAAGUAAUGAAGGGAUCUAGAACUGCACUAUAUAUUUUGGUUUUAAAUUAUGUGUAGGGCAGAGAGAAACUAAGCCCCGAAUCAUCCGAAGUACAGCAUUUUCUUGCAAGGAUUUUUCAAAACAUAAGCCUGUUCCUUAUCUUCAGUGGAGUGCUGAUACGCAGAGGUUAUCGUCUUUGCUUGGCUGGAUUUGGUAGAUAUUUUGUGUUACUGAAGGAGAGGAACAAUAUAUAGACCCUACACUGUCACACAUGAGCAAAGCAGCUGGCAGACUGUUUACUUCUGCAGUUUGGGUUUGCAUGAAUGAGAGACGUCAGCUUGCAUCUCAAUGCCAAAAUGAGUUUGCCUGUUUUUCGGGACACUGCGUGUACAACCUAGAAAGGGGAGAAACAGUCGAGUGUAGGAGGACUGGGAAUCAUUUUCACUGUGCAAUCAAUUUUUAACCAAACUACCUAGACUCCUGAGCCCAUGAAGUGCUAUCAGCUUUUUGCAAAAUGCAAGUAGUAUAAAAAAAAAAAAAUGGGUCCCCCUUCCUCAGCUGAGGUCCCAUACUUCAAAUGCAAUGCAUGGCAGUGAUGUACAGUAUGUUAAAUCUUAAUACAUAUGCAGAGUAAUGUCUUUGUUGGUUUUAUGUGUAUAACAAGUGAUGAUAUGGAUAAUUCUGGUUUAUUAUGACUUGGGUCUUAUUGUCUUAGUUUUGGCAAUUUCUUUUCUGCAAUAACAGUUACGGUAACAUUGUUCUUACCAUAUAUGCAGGACUUCAGCACACAGCAGCAAUAUUUCAGUUGUGUUUGAUAUUUAAGUAUAUUGUGUUCCAUUUUGUUAUAUGUGCACCAUCAUGUUGUAUUUGUCUUUAAGGGUAACAAAGUCAUAUAUGUUAAGAAUGCGUCAGUAAAUUAAAAAUCCAAGUAGUGACCAUUUAGUCAAGAAACUCUGAUACUUCAAGGCAAAUUAAGUGAUUACCUGGGCCCUGUAUUUACAUGUUUGGGUGUGUAAUUGAUUUAUACUUAAUGACUGUGUCAGUUUCCAGCCUAAUCCUAAUUCCUAAUCCUUAGAGGCAACUCCAUCCAUCAAAGUUAGAUCCACUUCAAGUAUAAUAUGUAUUAAUUCUGCUUUAACUUGUGAUGUCCGAGAACAUCUACACCAGAUUUACAUAUAUUGUUAAGUUGUGUACUUCCAUUAUCCCAAUGUUUCAAACCCAGAGAAAUCAACAAGUGUACUCAAGGUAACAGUGCAUCUCAUUAGGUUGCCACUGCUUCUUGUUUGUGUUCUUUUAUGGAGUUGUUUGAUGGUGCUCUUUCAAUAAAAAAAUAAAUAAAAAAACAUUAAAUUUUUUCUUCUUCUUGGUGAUAGAGUUGAUGAAGUACCUGUUUCUCUCUCAAGUAGUGGUAGUUUUGGUUUGAAAUGUAUAAAUUUGACCCUUGGCGAAACAAUGGCAAUUAACACCUAGGUUACACUAGCUGUCAGAAAUCCACAGAAGAAGAAAAAAUUUCAUGUAAAAUCGCCGUUUUUUUAUUGAAAGAGCACCAUCAAACAACUCCAUAAAAGAACACAAACAAUACAACAGCCCAGAUAACUACACAAAGUCAAAAUGAUACAAACAACGUGCAAACCGUGGUCUAUAGCAACAACCAUAGCAGCGAUAUCAUAUGUAACAACCCCACAAUUUUCUGGCGAAACCGGCAACUAGCUUCAUUAAAAACUUACAAACUAGAGAACGCGUAGAUUCACUGAGCAAGAAUGAAAAUAUGAAAAUAAAGUGCAUGUUUUUUGAUAAAACUGUCAUCAAAUCUUAAAAUAUUGCAUUUUUCUCUGGAAUUCAAAGAAAUAGCAAUAGUUUGUUCUCCCAGCCAGAAAGUUGAUGGUCACGUGAUGUGGAUGCAGGCAAUAGAAAAGGAUAGGCCAAAGAAAUUGCAGACAUCUCGUUCUUUAAGAGGAGUUAUUGUGACACCACUGCAUUUUGCCCUGUAUACCAAUGUAGCUAUUACACAUCUUCAUGUGACACUGAGUUGUCAAGUACACACAAAAAUUGCCUCUAACAUGUUAUCUCAUUACUCUGUACACGAUUAUCCCCCUAAUGCAAAAUAAAAUUAGAUAAACAUCUUCAUUACUCAGGAAAUAUUAAUGAGUAUGAAUAUGAUGAGAGAAGCUGCAAUUCGGGGGUUGCCAAGUCCUAAUCUCGCGCAGGGCACCGAAAUGCCUUCAGCCGGCCCGCUCUGAAAGUGCUGUUAUCGGCACGCAGGAGAAAUGCUCCAUGGUGCAUGGCUGGGAUUUUAUAACAAAACAACGAGCAGGAAGCACAGUCAAACACUCUCUGACUGUGUGCACAAUAGAAAAAUUGAAGGAAGCCAUUAAAACGUGAGGUAAAACACACUCAUAAAUGACUGGUUUAAACGAGAGUCAUAAUGGGCGCCAGUGGAUACAGGAUCAAUCACAGCUGAUCAUUCAUGACAGUGGGCUACUUCGUUUGUUUACCAGUAUCAAGUGUGUAGCUUUGAUCGUUAAAUACAAUGUGUGUAUUGGUCUCGUUGUAGCAGAAAGUAGCAUCAUCGUGAUUUACCACACACUGUGCUGAUGGGAGGAAAUGUUGACCAGCAGAUUUCUCUUCUUCUUUGACAUGCCGCUUGAUACACCGCGCCACACAAAAUUACGAACCGUCUCUUGUGAAAUGUGAUUGGUUUGUCAGAGGAUUCUCUGUUUGAUGUUGUUUUCUCUUUUUACCUCAAACCAGCAGUGCGGCGCAGCCCUACUAAAGCCUCUCGCCUACGUAUGUAACAGAAAAUUGGAGGAAAAUCUGAAAAUCAUGUUUCUGAUGGUGUACAAUCAACAGAGAAGCGAGUGUGACAGCAGAACCGUUUGUGUGCGUCUGUGUGGUUUAAAUUCAGGAGGUCCUGGUGCGUUCAGUAGUCAGCAUACACUCUGCUUCUCCCUCGUCUUCCCCCCCUCUCCUCUCUGUAAUGAUGUUCAUUAGGUACGUUUCCCCUCCAGCUCCAGUCUGCGCUCAAUAUUACAAUAAGUUACACUUGAAAGCAGAGAUCAGCUCUGCGAAUUAUUAUGUUGCAGCAGGUUAAUGAGCAGGAGGGAGGAUAAAUCCACUUUACGAUCCCAACUGUUUCAAAGUAAUCCCUGAACUUUCCUCCUGUUGGGAAAAACCGCUCUCCUGCUGGCCCUCCCUCCACACUCUGCAAAUGUCUUUUGGUUUGUUUCAGUAGGGAACCCCCCCCAGCAGCAGAAUUUGCAUAAUGUAUAUUUAAAGUGCUUGUUUCUGUCACUGACUACCUGACGUAGGUUUGUACUCCAAGAGUCUGACAACAUGACAGAAUCAAUACCUGAGAGGAUAGACCUUUUUAUUAAAUUCUGUAGGGAGAUCUGUUUUGUUACAAGAAAAGUCUCAUUCGAGGAGAAGUCUCACUCUAAAAUCACAAGGCGAGUUGUUACAGUUGUUGCCUCAUCAAGAAUAGAAUCAGUUAAAUGUUCAGCCAUGACUUUGGAAAUAAAUUCUCCUUCCUCUCCUGACUCAUCCCUUCAGCUCUCUGACUCACUCGCCACCAUCGUCUUCCUGCAACAGCUCACAUCUUGCAAGAUUUCAGAACAAGGCUUCUUCUCAUAAAAACAUGUCUUUAUAUUUAACAAAAGGUCUAUCGCUGAGGGGUACGCUCUGUGACACUCCUAACAACCUCAGCCUCUCAGGAUAAAAAAAACAAGCCCUUUAAGUGAAUGUAACUUUGAAGGUCAGAUUUGCUGUAAAUGAUUUCAGUGAGAAUCAGAAAUACUUUAUUGAUCCCUGAAUGGAAAUUCUGGUGUUACAGCUUCUCCCAUUUAAAAAUCCAGAAUACGCAGAAAAAAACAACAACUAUAUAUAAGCGAGAACAACAAAACAAAACAAUAAUACAAUAAAUCUGCAUUCUACUAGAGUGUAUUCCUAUACACAGAGUAAUACAUCAUGUUACAGUUGAAAAUAUACAGGUUAUUGUGCAUUGUUUGUCUUCAUUAAUGCACAUUAGAGAGAAGGAAAGCCAUUGUAGCGGUGUCGCAGCUGCCUGCUGAGGUGAUCUCAGGUACUGGACAGAUUCCAAAACUGCUAUAAGUCUCAACCAUUUACACACCCAAACGCGUGAACAUAAUUUCCUCUUUAAGUAAAUGCUUCCAGAUAAGUUUGAUGGUAUUUUAAGAUCCCCUAUGUACUUGCAAGCGGUUUAUAACAUGUAUAAAGGUGGAUGACCAAAACUACAAAACGUAAGACCCAAGUUUAAAAAAAAAAAAUGGAAUUUUCCUUACGUACGUUUUCCUUCAUCUGAUGCAGCUUUAGCAUGUAAUGAAAGCAGGGGCACCUCCCUACUGUAAAUCCUUUCAGAGUCACUCCCCCCCCACCACCUCCCCCUCUGUGAUCAAAUGGAGAGUGUGUAGAUGAGGCGAGCCCUCAGCUUCCACUUAGAUUUAGUGAGGUGGUCGGCGUUAGUGCGUACCGCUGGGUGUACGGCAAAGCUCAUUCUUCCUCCUCCUCGUCUUCCACCCCUCCCUUUGCGCCACAUACAAAGAGGAAACCCUUUGCAGUUUUACUAACGUUUUCUUUUCGUCUGUGCUGUACGUUCUGUAUGCCAUGUGUGACACUGUGUGUUCUUAAUGUAUACCGAGCAAUAUGAGUGGUCCGACGGAACAAUCAGCGGCUGUGUCUUGCACUGUGUCGACCACUGUAUUAAACAACGUAGCAAAAGCA